CCGGCGGCUCAAAACUUAACUCGCUAACGUAACGUUAGCCAGUAGUUUGUAUUUUGUGUUUUGUGUACCAUUCCGUCAUGAUGCCUUCUGAAAACGUACGAUGGGAAACUUUACAGGCCUUGAAAAAUUCACCAAAGGCAAAUAUCACAUACGACCCUUACUGGUCAGAAAGGGGAGAGGAUAUUCUGGCAGGUUGUAAAGAGGCCCUCAGCUUGUCCUCGCACUCUGGGUUCAUAUUGGACCGUCUCAGUUCCGUGCCACUGCAGAAGUCCUGUUUUCUGGGCUCCAGCUCCGGAGACUCCAGUCCAGGUCUCUCUGAGGAGAUCUCGACCUCGGUUUCCUCCGCAGGAUCCAUCCCCGACAUCAACGCUAAGCACAUCACACUUUCUGCAGCCCUGCCUUUAAGGACUGAGAGUGAACAGGCUCUAAGUGAUGAAGCGAGGGAUGAAGAUCUAGUGGCAAAUGACAGUGAAGUUUCCAGUCCUGCAUCACUACCUGCCAUUUCCCUGCUGUCGCCCAAAGCCAUGGAUAUGGCACGCCACAUUAUCAAAUUUGAGAAGGAACACCGAACAAAGGCCAAGAUGGCACUAAGACUGCGACAGGAGAUGCAGGAGAAGCUGGUGGCGGCGGUGGUGAGCUCUGAGUCCGAACAGCUGAAACGCUUUGAGGAGUUCAUGGAGCUGAAGCAGAGGCAGGAGUACCAGAGCAUGAGGGACAUGAUGGACAGAGAAACUAAAGAGAGCAUCGGGCGUCAAGAGAAGCUGAAGGAAGAGCAGCGACACAGAAUGAAGAUCCUCAAUCUGCGGCUGAGGGAGGCGGAGCAGCAGCGCCUGCGGGAGGCGGAGCUCGAGCGGCAGCGGCAGGCGGACGGCCGGGAGAGACUGCGGAACCUUAACACCAUCCAGGAGGAGAUCCUGCAGCUCAACCAGCUGCUGGAUCCGUCCACCCAGACAAAAACUGAUCUCCCAGUAGCCAGCAUCAGCUCCCUUAGCACCCGCGGGAACCAGCUGUGCUCCCAGGUGUCAGAGGUCGUGCGAAAAACAGUUGAGGGAGAGUUUCCCAGCGUGGAGGACAUGACCGUGGCCGAACGAGCCCUCCACGAGAUGAGGGCGCUGAUCCGGCUGAUGCAGGAGGAGGUCGCCAAGGCUCAAGAGAAGAAGAAGAAGGAGCAGGAGGAGGAGGAGGAGGAGCGCAGGAAGCAGGUGGAGCUGCAGGCACAGCAGGAAGCACAGAAGGCGGCGGCACAGUCGGCCAAAGAGAAGGCAAAGAGGAAAGGCCUGCAGAACAGCGCUGAAGACAGCACGCUGAAAUGGUACAAUGAGCUGCAGGAGUCGGCUGCUCAGUGCGCUCAGUCCUUCGAACAACUCAACUCCCCAAAAGAUGCCCAGACAAAGAAGCUGAAGCUGGAACUCCAGAAAGCAGCCAGCAUCCCAGUUAGUCAAAUCUCAAGCAACUCCGGGUCGCAGCUCCGAGAAAUCUUUGACAAAAUAGACAAGCUGCUGUCGGGACGGGCGGUGGUGUCGGUCGGGAAGGCUGUCUCCACCUCCCAGCAUCCACAGGGCCUGGACUUCGUCUGUUACAAACUGGCUGAGAAGUUUGUGAAACAAGGAGAAGAGGAGGUGGCGUCUCAUCAUGAAGCUGCUUUCCCCAUCGCCGUAGUGGCCUCCGGCGUCUGGGAGCUGCACCCUCAAGUGGGAGAUUUGAUCCUGGCCCACCUGCACAAGAAAUGUCCGUACGCAGUCCCACACUAUCCUCCGAUGAAAGACGGCACACCUGUGGAGGAAUAUCAGAGGAUUCUUGGUUACCGUGUGGACGACUCCGGGGUUGAAGGUCAGGACAGUUUCUUGAAGAGGAUGUCCGGCAUGAUCCGUCUGUACGCUGCCAUGAUCCAGAUGAGGUGGCCCUACAGCUCCAAACAGGGGUCUGCUCCUCACGGUCUGAACCAUGGCUGGCGCUGGUUGGCUCAGAUGCUCAACAUGGAACCUCUGGCAGACAUCACGGCUACACUGCUGUUCGACUUUCUUGAGGUUUGUGGUAAUGCUUUGAUGAAGCAGUAUCAGGGCCAAUUCUGGAAACUCAUCCUGCUCCUUAAAGAGGAAUACUUCCAGAGAAUUGAAGCGGUGACCAGCACUGGACAGAUGGGCUCAGUCAUCAGACUCAAGCAGUUUCUAGAGACGUCACUGCAGAGCCGACAGAUCAGUCCACCCAAAGGCCAGCUGAGCUCCGUGUUCUGGAGGUCGUGAUGGAGGAGGAGCCGCGUUGGAUGUCGCUGGAUGACGUCGUUUAGGACCGACUAAAGCAGGAGAGGGAUGCGGUCUGUUGCUGGGAAACUGUGCUCUGUGGCUGGUACUCGCAAUAAGUCAGUAACCAGCGAGGAAGUGUCAAAGCUGCUCCUGUGAGAAGAUGGUUGUCACAUCUUGUUUAGCCAAGAUGUAAUACAGCUUCUGUGGCUCAUGAACUUUGCGUCAGGUUCAUUUACUGGACGUCUCAAGGAACUGAUCAGGAGGAAUUUGAUGGACGAUGGCACACUCCACCUACAUUUUUUUGAAUACAAUAUAUUCCAAAGUAAGAAUUAAUUCAACACUUUUCCAGGUCUGACAGCAAGAUAUUUAUCUCUGAUUCCUUUAAAUCUUGCCAACACAUCCGUCCUCACCUCAUUGGUUCAAGUGUUUGUCUGGUCUGUAGCACACUGGUGGUUUUCUGCUUCUCACAGCUUUGGAAUUUACAACAUUUAUGUGAGCACAAAACAAGUCCAGCAAAGUCCGGCCACAUUCUUAAAUGAAGACACGCAAUGGUGACGCGUUGUGUAGAGAUGUAAACGUUUCCCUCACAGUGCCUAAGUUCUGCAGUGUUCAAAGAUCAUAACGCGGAGCUGCUGUCCUGUUUGACUUUAGUGUGUCACUACAGGAUCGCCUCCAUUUGUGCUUUUAUUGAGUCUCGACAGUCGCUGUUCAAAUCAAAAUAGUGUUGAAUGAUUUGAACUUUUGCUAUUUAUGUUUUUAUGAAUCCACCAUGUGGAGGAAAGAUUCACAGUAUGAUGAACUGUCAGUUUAAUCAUUGUGAAUGACGUUAUCCCAAGAUUAGAAAUAUAAACGGGUUUAAGUAUAAAACUGCUGAAGGUCAUGAGUCAGUAUUUUCCCAAACACAAACAAUUUCAUCCUCACAAUUGAGACAGAAAUGUGACUCAGUGCUUUGUUUUGUUUCUGCAGGUGUGUUCUGGAUAUAAUGUAGAUUAUACAGGUACAUUAACACAAUGAUUGUAAUCUUCAUCUAUAUCUAUAAAUCUCAUGUCUGAAAUAAAACCUCAUCAGCAGUUUGAAAUGUUUGACAUCCUUUGGUUUGUUUGACUUUUUUUUGCCUUCUAUGAAAAGUCAAAUUGUCUAGUUUCAAACUGAGAAAAAAAAACAAUCAGAUAUUUUAAAUCUUUAGUAUAGUGGAAGUAGAUCGCCAAUCUAUCAUGUAAAAAUGUCAAAUAGUUACUGGUUCAAGCUUGUGAAUGUAAGAUCUGCUGCUUUUCUCUGUUCAUUUUUAAAUGGAUUGUCUUUGGGUUUUGGACUGAUGGUCGGCAACAGUGGAAGAAGGAAAAAUACCACAAGGUGGAAAUAUGUUACAAGUAACAUCAGGAAUUCAAAUCAGUGUAUUCGUGUCAAAAUCUACUAAAAAGUCAAAGUACUCAUUAUGGCCCAUUUUAGAAUCAUACAUAUAAAUUUAUUAUAAUCAUUGAUGCAUUCAUUAUGUGUUGAUUAGUUUAAUGUUGCAGCCAGUAAUGGUGGAGCUAAUUUUAUUUAAUUACUGGAGGGUAGCUUGUGAAUUUACUCACUGGGAUGUUAUCUUCACGUAUGAACAUACAUCAUUUAUUUGUUGAUUAUAUUGUGUAUUAAUAAUUCAAAUUUGAAAAGUAACUCAUCAAAUAAAUGUAUUGGUUUGCCUCUGCAAGCUGCAUUUUUCUUCCUUUGUCAGAUGUAAUCCUACCAUGUAAUUAGAAAUAAAAUAUCUUUUUGUAGUUUUUA